UUUCCGGCGCCGGAGCGGUACUUCCGGCGUCGUGUGGGGCGACUGUUUUCGCUCCUCUGGGUCCGCGCUGUCGGUCAGGGGAGCGCUGGCUCUGAUGAGGUGUCGGGGGGCGGGAGGACCGUACAGGAGGAAGUCUUUGUCCCCUGUCAGAGCCCUGGGGCACGGCGACGCCGCCGUGAGCGCGCCCGCCCGGAGGGAGUCGGAUGGCGGCGGCCGCAGCGCGGGUUCCUAUGGCUGUAGAAUCACUUACAGAUGAUGAAGAGGGUUAUGUGACCUUUGAGGAUGUGGCUGUCUACUUCUCACGGGAGGAAUGGAGACUGCUUGAUAAUGCUCAGAGACUCCUGUACCGUGAAGUGAUGAUGGAAAACUUUACACUUGUGAUCUCUCUGGGUUGUUGGCAUAGAGCAGAGACUGUGGCGCCUUCUUCUGAACAGAGUGUUUCCACAGAAGGAGUGCAAAGUGAAAACCGUCACCAACAUCAGAAGCUGUGCUGUGGAGAGAAACCCUUAAUAAGAGAAGAGGACAGGGUCUCGGUUUUGAGGGGCUGCAGAAUCCACCUGUCAGAGAAGCCUUUGCAAAGCAGGAAGGAUGGGAAUGAUUUUACACUCAGCUCAAGUCUCCAGAAGACUCACCGUAAAGCAGAGCCUCCCAGGAGCACUGGGACUGCAGAGGCCGUUAAUUCUGGGAAAAGGCACUACCAAUGCAGUGAGUGCGGGAAAGCUUUCGGUCAGAAAUAUUUGCUUGUUCAGCACCAGAGACUACACACUGGAGAAAAGCCUUAUGAAUGUAGUGAAUGUGGAAAGCUAUUCAGCCAUAAAUCCAACCUUUUUAUACACCAAAUAGUUCACACCGGAGAAAGACCUUAUGGGUGCAGUGAAUGUGGAAAAUCCUUUAGCCGAAAUGCUGACCUCAUUCAACACCGCAGAGUUCACACUGGUGAAAAACCUUUUACAUGUAGUGAAUGUGGAAAGGCUUUCAGGCAUAAUUCCACACUUGUUCAGCAUCACAGAAUCCACACUGGAGUAAGGCCUUAUGAAUGUGGUGAAUGUGGGAAGUUCUUCAGUUUCAACUCCAGCCUCAUGAAGCAUCAGAGAGUUCACACUGGAGAAAGACCUUAUAAGUGCAGUGAAUGUGGGAAAUUCUAUAGCCACAAGUCCAGUCUAAUUAAUCACUGGCGAGUUCAUACUGGGGAAAGACCUUAUGAGUGCAGUAAAUGUGGGAAGUUUUUUAGCCAAAGCUCAAGUCUCAUGCAACAUCAAAAAGUUCAUACUGGAGAAAAGCCUUUUAAGUGCAAUGAAUGUGGAAAAUUCUUUAGUGAAAAUUCCAGCCUAGUUAAACAUCAGAGAGUUCACACUGGAGCAAAGCCUUAUGAGUGUAGAGAAUGUGGGAAAUUUUUUCGCCACAGCUCCAGCCUUGUUAAACAUCGGCGGAUUCACACUGGAGAAAUGCCUUAUGAGUGCAAUGAUUGUGGGAAAUCGUUUAGCCAGCGUUUCAACCUCAUUCAGCACCAGAAAGUUCACAUUAGAGAACAGUCUUGAUGCUUUAAAUGUGGGUAAACCUUUAUCCACACCUCCCACCUUUCCACAACCCUGGAGAGGACACAAAACUAAGAGGCAUUACGAAUGCAGUUAGUGUGGAAAAGGUCUGUUCUGACUCAGUGGCAUAAACAUCACAGCCCAAAUAAAUCUUAUCAACACAGUGAAUGUGGAGGAAGUCUUAAGCCAGUGGUGUAAACUUAUUCCACACCAGGAAGUUCAAACUGGAGAAAGACCUUAGUAGUGACUUAACAGAGAAGUACCAGGGACUGAAUAUCACUCAUUCCAGACAUGCACACUGAGAGAAGGAUGAAAAUUGCUGCCACCAUGCUUCUCCCAAGAUAUGGUCCUCUGCCUGUAGGCUCUAGAGAGAAGAGGAACUUGUACUCUUGGCCACACAAGGUGGAGUUUCCAUCUAACUAAGCAAGGAGGCAGGGAGGAACAGAAUGUCUUGGUUCAAGGAAGACUGACUCUUGCUCUUCGUACUGAAUGUUAGAUUUUCCUAAAUAAAUAUUUCAUGUAUACCUUGAGGACCAUUUUCAGAAGACUCUCAAUUGUAUCUUUUAUAUUUCAUCAGGUUUCCU